AUGAUCAGUCUUGCUGACAAAAUCAAGCAGAGAAAAAGUGGGGUGUUAUCGAACGAACCGGAUGCUGUACAGUCUGCUUCGGUACGCAGUGCCACCAUUCGGGACCGCUUGCUUCUCCAAGAGCUUCAGGAAUUGCGGGGUAAUCUCUCACCCCAGUGUACGAUACACCACCCUGACCCCAAUAAGUUGCACGAGUUUACGCUUAUUGUGAAACCGAAAGACUGCAUUUGGGCGGGUGGCACUUUUCAUUUCGAAAUCACCGUUCCCGAAGGAUAUAAUCACACGCCGCCUUUGGUACGUUGCAGCACGCGCAUUUGGCAUCCAAAUAUUGACGAGGAAGGCCGUGUUUGUCUCAGUUUGCUCCGACAAAGUUCUCUGGAUUAUUCUGGUUGGGCACCAACUCGGCGCUUGCUUGAUGUUGUUUGGGGAAUCGAGUCAUUGUUUUUCGAUUUGUGUGACUUUAACGAUGCCUUGAACACAGCCGCGGCUGAGCAGUUCCAAAGAGAUCAAGAAGCAUUCUGUCAAACGGCUCGCAGUUACGUUUAUCAAUAUGCCCGAUGA